ACUAGUUGAGGCCCAUUCUACCAGCAGAUUUUUGUAAAUUGGGUACUUAUCUUUAUCCUUUUUCCCUCAAUUUCUCCCAAUUGUUCUUGUUUUACUUGCUCGGCCAACUGUCACUUUCUUUUUUUGUGCUGAAGCGGCAGAUUUUUACCUUCUAAAUUUCAGGUGGUGACUCCAAGUUCUAGUAUUGAAUUAGGUGAGAAAUUCUUGUCUUAUGAGGUUGUUGUACCUUGUGGAGCAAUUAUGGUACAUGUAAUAAAGAACUUGCCUACUUUAGCAGUUUCUUUAGAUGGUAAUGAGAAGAAAAAUCGAUUUUUCUGUUCAAGAAGGGAUAAGUUAAAAUACCCACGUGGGAUAUUCAAUCUUUAUACUGGAAAAGAUAAGGGGUGUCUUAGUUUUAAUAGUUCUAAUUUGGUUACUGCUUUUGAUCAAUGCACUUUGUUUGGAAUAAAGUUGUCAAUAUUUGGCUUCAAGAAAGUGAAUAACCAGUGCGGCAUAGCUCUGAAUGUCGCUUAUGACCUCGAACCUAUGUGUGAUGGAGAGAGUGAGAAAGAAAAUUCAACCAAAGAUGUGUAUAAGCUGGAAUUGUCUGGUAAGGAGUGUUUGAUGAAUUCGUAUACUGAAAAUCUUGAUUCUAACCAACCUUCAAGUUUUCUUGAAGAAACAAAAAAUGCAGUUGAGAAUGGGGUAAUAUAUUUAGAAGAAAUGGAUGAGGAGGUAUUGUCAAAAAGGAUCUUGAAGCUCAGCAGACUAAAUAAACCCAGAAGCUCAUUAGCGAUAUACAAGUCGAUGAUUUUUUCAGGUCUUAAACCUGAUUUACAUGCAUGUAAUUCCCUUCUUUCAAGUCUCUUGAGGAAUGGAAUGCUUGAUAAUGCCUUAAAAGUCUUCAACUCAAUGAAGGCUAGUGAGCUAACAACUGGCCACACUUAUAGCUUAAUUCUGAAGGCAGUUGCUGAUGCUCGCGGUUAUGACACAGCAAUAAACAUGUUUGGUGAAUUGAUAAGCAGUAGGAAUCUUAGAGAACAAAUUGAUAUUAUUGUAUACAACACAAUGAUAUCCAUUUUUGCAAAAGCAAACAACUGGGAUCAGGCACAGAAGAUUUGGAAAAUUUUGAAGGAUAAUGGUCAAGUUGGAACAACAGUCACUUACCGUCUGUUAAUUUGCACAUUUGUUCGCUGUGGUCAGAAUGAACUAGCUAUUGAUGCAUACAGUGAGAUGAUUCAAAAUGGGUUGAGCCCAGAAAGUGAUACGAUGCAUGCUAUUAUUGGAGCAUAUAGUAGGGAGGGUAAGUAUGACUCUGCAUUGAAUACCUUGCGAUGUAUGUUGGACAGUGAGCUUAAGCCAAAUGCAAGAGCAUGCAACGCAGUUAUCAACUCACUUGGAAAAGCUGGCAAAGUCAAGCUUGCAUUUGAGGUUUACGAUAUGAUGAAAUCAUUAGGUCAUGCACCUGAUGUAUACACAUGGAACUCAUUGCUUAAUGCCUUAAACAGGGCAACCCGAUAUUGUGAUGCACUUCAGCUUUUCGAGCGAAUCAGAAAUAUCCAAAGUGUCGUUUUGAAUGUGCAUAUAUUCGAUACUGUUUUGACAUCGUGCCAUAAACUUGGGUUGUGGGAUAAAGCUAUACAAGUACUGUGGCAGAUGGAGGCUUCUGAACUCCCAGUUUCAACUGCAUCCUAUAAUCAAGUUAUUGGAGCUUGCGAGGUUGCAAGAAGACCCAAAGUUGCAUUACAAGUGUACUACCGCAUGGUUCGCCAAAAACAUUCUCCUGAUAUAUUUACUCUAUUGUCAUUGAUGAGAAUUUUCAUCUGGGGUUCUCUCUGGAAUGAAGCGGUGGAAAUACUAAAAUUCUCUGAACCAAAUGGAUCUCUUUACAAUGCUGCUAUUCAAGGGAUGUGUUUAACAGGAAAGCUUGAUUUGGCUAAGAAGCUGUACACGGAAAUGCGUGAGAGAGGCCUUCAACCUGAUGGCAAGACACGGGCUAUGAUGCUGCAAAACUUACAAAAAAAUUCCAGGAGAAAAAAGAAAACGUUCUUCUUUCUUAUAAAUUCUCAUAUGAAGGUUAACCUGAAGGCAGAUAGAGUCAAUGGGUGCAGCACGUGCUUGUAGCUGAGUUGAUGGCAAAAUAUAAGUUUGUCUUUAUCGUCAUGUAGAAGAGUGAGAAGACCCACCAAGGUGCAGAUACUCUAAUGAACAGGCAGAGAGCAAUGCCAAUAGACAAAUUCUAUUUCGGGCAUGUCAGUGUACGUGGAGAUAGCAACUUGUGCCUCCUCAUAUCAUGAUUGUCUAAAGCCGAUAGGGCACUGGGGAUUUGGCGAUUUCUGGCUAGUCUUGCUGAUUAUAAUGAUGGAACUAUGGUAGUCACAAGGUGGAUAAUGAUCAACCAGAAGAGGACAGGAUCCUGCUAGGUCUGCAGAGUUACUUGGCAAAGCAUUCAGACUCUCUACAACCACAUAUCGUAUGAGAAUUGGUCUUUGCAGUCUGUUCAAGCCCACUGAGAAACAUGAAAGUCUGAAAAUUCGAGGAAACACAUGUAUUCAGGCAUGUUAUACAUUUAUAGAAAACAUUUCUACAUAAAAACUCAAGCGCUCUGAUGUAAUAACAAAUCAUUGUAUGGAUGAUAGUCCGUAAUUAGAUUCA